CAUCAUUUACGUGUAUUCAAAUUUAGCUGGCACAGAGAUGUCAGCGCAAUGCCUCGCCUUGCCCACAUUUGUCAAUCGGCGGUCAGAAAAUGGGGUUUUGAGUUGGUUCUCUUCUUCGAUCUGAUGUGCUUCCAACUCUGAAGCUGAAGAAGUAGAAGAGGAGUGGUUCUUGAUAGUCGGGCCAAGAUCUGGUGGUUCGCUGCCGGAAAUGAGCGCUUCGAGGUUCAUAAAGUGCGUGACCGUCGGCGACGGCGCCGUCGGCAAGACCUGCAUGCUGAUUUCCUACACCAGUAACACUUUCCCUACGGAUUAUGUGCCAACUGUUUUUGACAAUUUUAGUGCAAAUGUGGUUGUGGAUGGGAGCACAGUCAAUCUAGGCCUAUGGGAUACUGCUGGCCAGGAGGAUUACAACAGAUUAAGACCUUUGAGCUAUCGUGGAGCAGAUGUAUUUCUCCUUGCAUUUUCUCUAAUUAGCAAGGCCAGUUAUGAAAAUGUUGCAAAGAAGUGGAUUCCUGAAUUGAGGCAUUAUGCCCCUGGGGUUCCAAUAAUUCUUGUUGGAACAAAGCUCGAUCUUAGGGAUGAUAAGCAGUUCUUUGUAGGCCACCCUGGCGCAGUGCCCAUUGCCACAGCUCAGGGAGAGGAGCUCAGAAAACUGAUUGGAGCUCCUGCCUACAUAGAGUGCAGUUCAAAGACACAGCAGAAUGUGAAAGCAGUUUUUGAUGCUGCCAUUAAGGUAGUGCUCCAACCACCUAAGCAAAAGAAGAAGAAGAGAAAGGCCCAGAAAGGCUGCUCCAUAUUAUGAUCGUGAAGAAGAACAGGCAUGAAAGCCGAAGAAGUUUCCCCUUUGAUGGAAGCAGCACAUCUUUCUGUAUAGUCUCUGCUGACUUACUAGGGAUUCUGCAAAAUCAUGGGCCAUUUACUGGAUUCAGGGAUCUGUAAUUGUGGACUAGCUAGCUUUCCUCGACACCUUGAGUGUUUCUUCUGUUCCAUAUGUUUAUAUUUGUGCCAUGUAUUAACCAAAUUUGCUAGAGAUCCCUAACAGAAGAGAACUGUUACCUUG